GGGCUGGGCUGCAGGAAGCAGGAAGUUUGGGCUGAAACUUAGCGCACCAGGAAGUGUCCGGAGAGGCGGGAGCGGAGCCCCCGGAGGAUGGAGGGCACUACUGGCAGCGGGAUGGCGACCGACCGGGUGAAGAACCUGCAGAGCGAGGUGGAGGGAGUGAAAAACAUCAUGUCGCAGAAUGUGGAGCGGAUCCUGGCACGGGGCGAGAACCUGGACCACCUGCGGAACAAGACUGAGGACCUGGAGGCGACGUCUGAGCACUUCAAGACGACCUCGCAGAAGGUGGCCCGCAAGUACUGGUGGAAGAACGUCAAGAUGAUCGCCAUCAUCUGCGUCAUUGUGGCCAUCAUCAUCAUCCUCAUCAUACUCUUCGCCACCAACGUCAUCCCCACAUAGGCCACGUCCUGCAGCCUCUUCCUCUUCCCCCACUCCACAGUUUCCCUGCCCCCACUGCCUGAGGGUCGCUGGGCUGGGGGGGCAACGCCUCCUGUCAGCCCCCUGAAGCUGCCCAUCCGUAUGCCAGGAGGGGGAGGGCACUCAUACUCUGACUCCCAUUGCCCCCAUUUAAGCUCCUUGGGGACUGUAGCCCCCUGAGGGGAACUCCCCUGCUCCCUCUAGCUCUGCCCCGUUCCCUUCCCCCAAACCCUCUGUCACACCCUUUCCCGGGCACCCCAUCGGUGUUCCCAGGCUGGCAGAGCCAAGCCAUGUGGGAGCAGCUCCCAGCCCCUCUCCAUAUGGCCAGUGGAGCUAGAUCUGCCGCCCAUGGCCAUGGCCGCCAGCUCGGCUCCAGGGGGCGGGGUUGUGCCCUCUGCCCAGUGCGGCUGGCUCUCGUCCAGCUGAGGAAGGAGGCGCUCCUGGGGCUGGGGUGAUGGGCUUGGAUCUGGGGAAUGCUCCCCCCCGAGCCCGUGCCCUCUCUGAGGCAGAGCUGGGCGUGGGCAAGGGCUGCUCUGUCCUGAGCCAGAUGCAGCCCUGCGAGGAGCAAUCUACCCUUUGCCUUAAUAAAUAACGAGAGAAGGAGAGAUCCCUGCAGGAGGGGGUGGGGGAUUUGUCAGCAACCUCUGUCUGUCCAGGCUGGGGGCUUGUGGGCUUCACUCCCUAGGUUCUCAUAACUACCCCGCCAUGGCACCUCAACAGUCUGUGCACCCCCUGUCCUGCCUGGAGAGGCAGGUGCUCUUGGGGGUGCAGUAACCCCCCUUGCCUGCAGGGGGAGACUCUGCCAAGGGGAGCAGCUGGGAGCUGGUGAGUGCCCUGUCGACUGGGGGUGGCGGGGAGGGGUGAGCAGGGCUUGUUGCAGCCUCAACCCCCGCCCCCUUCCCACAUGCCCUGAGUUUGGCUGUGUAUGUUGAUCUUAUGACCAGGCUCCCCCAGCGGGUCCCUGAGCCAAGCAAAGGAAGUAGUUUCAGAGUCCCUCCCCCCCCCCCGACCCUGCAGUGGGAGGCCGAGUCUUCCUGGUUCCCCACCUCACCACCCUCGCCCCCCAGAGACGCAGGCUGCACUCCCUGUAAUAAAUGUAUUUA